GCAGCUCGUACACCUGCUGGCUGCAGCUCCCUGGAAUUUGGAUCCACGUGUCGGUGGAGCCUGCCGGCUGCCGGCCGGCCGGCCCGACCUCGUUGAUCGCAUCAAAGUUGCGUGCCAGGACGAACCGGAGCAGAUGGCGACACCAGCAUUGUUUGCGCUCGCGUGCACGCAGGAAGCCGAGCCGGCGCGCCGCGGGAAGAAGCCCCCACAUGUUGCAGGCCGCAGGCGUGCAGGGGCGUCGCGGUCUCGCGUGGAUCCAACGACGGCGGGUGCACGGCGGCGGCGCCCUCUACUCUUUCACUCUCGACCCACGUCUGGACGGCACGCUCGCCACCACUCCGCGCGCGCGCUCCCCAUUAAUACUCCCACCGGAAACGGAGACGAGGGACGAGUACCCGUCUACCCAACCCGACCACCACCCUCCGGUUAGACCCCAGCUGGAUUCAUAGCCAGGUAGAGGUAGCUACCUAGCUCCCCUCCAUGGGUCCGAGCACGAGCAAUGGCCGGCGGCGGCUCCUGGUCCUCGCCGCGGCCGCGCUGGCCGGCGCGGGCGCGGACACCGCGACGGCGCAGCAGGGCCCGCCGACGGGGCCGGGGCCCAGCUACUUCGACCCCAAGAGCUUCAACCCGUCCAUGGCGAUCGUCAUGGUGGUGCUCGUCACGGCCUUCUUCCUGCUCGGCUUCUUCUCCAUCUACCUGCGUCGCUGCGCGGGGCCCCCGCUGGGCGGGCCCGGCGAGCACCACCACCACCCCGCGGGCGGGAAUGGGAUCGGGUUCGCGUCGCGCUCCAGGAGGCCGCGCGGGCUGGACCGCGCCGUGCUCGAGUCGUUCCCGACCAUGGCCUACGCCGACGUCCGGGCGCACCGGGCCGGGAAGGGCGAGCUCGAGUGCGCCGUCUGCCUCAGCGAGUUCGACGACGACGAGACGCUCCGGCUGCUGCUGCCCAGGUGCGCCCACGCGUUCCACGCCGACUGCAUCGACGCCUGGCUCGCGUCGCACGUCACCUGCCCCGUCUGCCGCGCCGUCCUCGCCCCGGACCACGAGGCCCCCACGGCGGCGGCGCCACCGUUGGCGCUGGCGGGCGUCGUGCCCGCCGCGGAGCAGGACGCCCAUGCGGUGCCGGUGCCGGAGCAGCCGGAGCAGGCGGUGGUCGUCGCCGUCGAUGCCGAGGAGACGGAGGAGGAGAGGAUCAGGAGGGAGGAAGCCGCCGAGCUGAUGCGGAUCGGCAGCGUCAAGCGCGCGCUGCGCACCAAGUCGGGGCGGCGGCCCGCGCAGUUCCCGCGCUCGCACACCACGGGGCACUCGCUCGCCGCGCCCGCCGCCGCCGCAGCCGAGUCCUCGGAGCGGUACACGCUGCGGUUGCCCGAGCACGUGCUCCGGGAGGUCGUCGCGGCGGGCAACCUCCGGCGGUCGGCGAGCGUCCAGACGGGCGGUGACGGGAGCGCGCGGCGCGGCUUCCUCGGCGCCGCCCGAGCCGGGAGGAGCGUCCGGCUCGGCAGCUCAGACCGGUGGCCCAACAUGUCGAUGCUGGCGCGCACCUUCUCCGCGAGGCUGCCGGCGUGGGGCUCCGUGCGGCGCGGCGAGGCUGACGCGCCGGCCAAGGGCGCGAAGGUCGCCGGCGACGGCAAGGCCGUGGAGCAGUGCGACGGCGGGGCGUGACCACUUGGCGCCAAUGUUUGACGUGGCGUUUUUCUUCUACCGUUAGGUCCAAGUGCUCAGAGUACAGUAUCCCGGUAAAAAAGUUAGGAACGUGUCCUUGUCGUCGCCGUGACUCUCUUUUUUGGCGGCAAAUCAGAGUGGGCGACAGGUUGUGUAUAUAACUUUAACUGUCGGUAAAAAAAACAAAUUCUGCAUUCCUUUGGUUCGUUACAAUCAGGGAGGUAACACAUUCUUGUGAUGAUGAGAAUCCAGGGAAAAUGUUGCUAAUA